CUUGUGUCUCUCACAAUGCACCAACAUGGUUAGAAAUCAUGCAACCUUUUGUUACUCUUUAGCUGUAUUCCCCCACAGGCUGUAUUAUAGCUCUCUAACCAGUCCCACAGCAUUGAAUGAUGUCAUGGGAUCUGCAGUUCAGUGAGAUGAAAGGGAUAAAGCAGAACCCGCUGGCACUGAGAACAGCUUCCAACACACAAUUCACAACAUAGCUUGGGAACUGAAUCCAGCCACUCAACUCUAAGCAUGAGGUAAGUUAAAAGCAGUUAAUACAGAAGCUCUGGCAGUGUGGAUUAAUUUGCAGAAAGGCUGGCAUUUGGAAAAACUUCAGCAUAUAGCAGUUCUUCAUAAGGGAGAGAGGUUUAACUCUAAGAUAUGGGCAGUGAAGGAUUACAAAGACAAGAUAAAAUAGUGAAGAUGCUUAUACUACUAUUAGUGUAUUUGUUAAGUAAAGUAAUUUGUGAGACGGGGGAUUGUAGAGAGCAAGAGUUCAGGGACCAUGCUGGAAACUGUAUCCUCUGCAAACAGUGUGGACCUGGAAUGGAGCUGUCAAAGGAAUGCGGCUUUGGAUAUGGGGAGGAUGCACAGUGCAUGACAUGCAGGCUAAACAGAUUCAAGGAGGACUGGGGAUUUCAGAAGUGCAAACUUUGUCUGGAUUGUGCAGUAGUUAACCGUUUUCAGAAGUCCAACUGUUCUGCCACCAGCAAUGCAGUGUGUGGAGACUGCUUACCAGGAUUUUACAGGAAGACGAAGCUUGGCGGCUUUCAAGACAUGGAGUGUGUUCCUUGUGGAGAUCCCCCUCCUCCCUAUGAACCUCACUGUACUAUCAAGGUGAAUCUUGUGAAGAUCCCAUCAACUGCUUCCAGUCCUCGGGAUACUGCUCUAGCGGCUGUUAUAUGCAGUGCACUGGCCACAGUGCUCUUAGCUCUUCUCAUCCUUUGUGUUAUUUACUGUAAGAGACAGUUUAUGGAGAAGAAGCAAAGUUGGUCUGUGAGAUCACUGGAUAUUCAUUACAAUGGUUCUGAACUGUCGUGUUUUGAUAGACCCCAGCUUAAUGAAUAUGCUCACAGAACAUGUUGUCAGUGUCAACGAGAUGCAUCACAGACAUGUGGCCCAGUUCAUUUGAUUCCAUCACUGUGCUGUGAUGAGACCUGUAGCAUGGAGCACAGCAGUCACAGCUGCUCUUUCCACUCUCAGACUACACUUUGUGAAAGGACUUUAAAUUCGGUUGGAGAAAUGAUUCCUGCAUUCCUCGGUUCUCUUUCACACUCUGCCUGUGGAGACCUUUCAGAUGCUUGGCCUCUUCUGCAAAACCCUGCUUGCUGUGACAGCAUCUCUUUCUGUGAAUCUUAUCAAGAACUGACUGGAGGAGAUAUCAGUUCCUUCGAUCCAGAGGUUGAAAAUACAGCCAAUAUAGAUUCAGAUAAUGACCAGGACCUAAGUGAUGUACUUAUUUCAGCUAAGUCUCAUGCUGGAAGCUUUGCAGAAUCCACUGAACUUUCCAAACAGGGCAUAUGUGUGGAUGCUUCAUUAGUUCAGAACUCAUCAGCUCCUGAAAACUUGCCAAAGUCAGAGUAUGAUGAAACAGUUAAUCAUCCCACAGACUGAUAAUAAGGGAGCCAAAAGGAGUUUUUCUGCCAGCACUAGAACUGAAUGCUACCCUAAUGCCUCUCUGUUAAUGCUUGUGAAUUAAACACAGCCUGGUCCUCAGUGUUACAUGAUUUCAGAAACAGCAGAAAUAAAUUGGCAGCAUUUUGGACCUUUCAGGAAGUUGCAUCUGAGCCAUAGCAGCUGUAAGCUGAAACAUCAAGGGGCAACUUGAGAGAAGACUGAGGUGGAUUCAUGAUAUUAAAAAAAAUUGCUGUAGUUCAAUAGGAAUUAUUAUGGGGAAGUUCU